AGAGGAAGAGCACUGAAGUAUGGAUCGCCUGACAGUUCUCUCCCUGACACUUGCUGUGUGUUUGACUCUUUGUGAUGCUGCUCCCACGGCCGCAUCGCCAGAUGACCAGCACAUCGCAGAGGAAUAUUUAGCACAGUUCUACAAGAACCAAGAGGCUGUUCAACCCCGUGGCAGAAAUAUGUUCCUUCCCAAUUUUGAGAAAGAUCUGAAAGCCAUGCAGGAGUUUUUUGGACUGGAGGUCACAGGCAAGCUGGACACAAACACUGUGGAGGUGAUGAAAAAACCACGCUGUGGUGUCACUGAUUUGGCGAGAUACGGACACUUCGAUGGGAACCCCAGGUGGAGGCAAAGUGUUGUGACAUACAGAAUAACUGAAUACACGCCACAGUUAAGCAGGAGCGAAGUAGACGCCACUAUCGCUAAAGCCUUCAAGCUGUAUAGUGAUGUCAUUCCUCUCGAUUUCAAACAGAUCCAAAGUGGCACAGCCGAUAUCAUGAUUCUCUUCAAAGCAAGAUAUCAUGGAGAUUUCUACCCAUUUGAUGGACCCGGUCAGGUUCUGGCUCACGCCAACUCUCCUGGUCCUGAACAAGGAGGAGAUACACACUUCGAUGAGGAUGAGAAAUGGACAUUAAGUCAACAAGGUGUGAACCUGCUUUUGGUGGCUGCCCAUGAAUUUGGUCACGCGCUAGGAUUAGAUCACUCUAAAGACCGAUCGGCUCUCAUGUUUCCAAAUUACCAAUAUGUCAACACAAAUGGCUAUAAACUUCCCCUGGAUGACAGACUCGGAGUCCAGGCUCUGUAUGGCGUUCGAGGAUCUACAGAUAAACCUGCCCCAAAGCCUGAACCAAAGCCUGAGCCAAAGCCUGAUCCAAAGCCAAAGCCUGAGCCAAAGCCUAAGCCUAAGCCAAAGCCUGAGCCAAAACCAGAUCCUGGCCUGAGCAACGCACCUGAGCCAUGCAAGCGUGACUUAGUUUUUGAUGCAGCAACCAGCAUUUGGGGAGAUCUGUACUUCUUUAAAAAUGGAUACUACUGGAAGAAAGGAUAUUACAGUGGACUUUCACAGCAAAAAAUAAGCUCUUUGUGGCCGUCUAUCGAUUCUGUUGAUGCUGCUUAUACGGCGAAGGACAAAAAAACUGCCUUCCUCUUUAAAGGUCAGCAGUACUGGGGUGUCAGAGACGGCAAAAUCUUACCUGGAUAUCCCAAACCCAUUUCCAACAUUGGGUUUAUCCCAUCUGUGAAAAAGAUUGAUGCGGCCGUAUAUGUGGCAUCCACUGAUGAAACUCUAUUUUUUGUCGAAAGCAAAUAUUGGAGCUACAAUGAAAAGACGGGUAAACUGGACUUUCCUAAAAGCAUUCAGCAUAAUUUCCCUGGAAUUGGGUCACAUGUGGAUGCUGCUUUUGAAAAUGCUGGUUACCUGUAUUUCUCAAACCGUGAACGGCAAAUUGAGUAUGACUUCAGCGCAAAACGAGUGAAUCGUGUUCUGUUGAAUUACGGAUGGUUGAACUGCUACUAAACAUACAGUAAAUAACGGAAAAUGUAUACAUUUUAUCUUUAGAUUAAGCUAGGACUAUAGGCCUUAGUGACAUUUAAGUAGGUUUUACAAACGUACCUUAAAAAACAUUAUUGGUGUGCAUCUUGAGACAAAACAUGUAUGGCAUUGGUACUUAUAUGUAAGUGAAAGAUAAGUUAAGUUUUCUCAUAAGGCAGAUCAAGCAUGCAUUUAGUCUGGGGCUUAAAGCCCUGUCCA